AUGCUCCGAGAAUCCCACGGUGCUGGCAGCCACCUCACGCAUUGCAUCGCGAAGGCAGGCGCGUGGGGGCGGCAUCCCCAGAACGUUUCGAGGGACAUCUUCAGAGCUUUGAAGCUCCCUCUAGAACCAUACUACAUCAAAGUUCCCAUCCGGAGCCCUGAAGACCGCAAAUCAGAAACUGUCAUGGACCUCCCGGUGAUUCUUCCGCAUGAACUAUAUGCUGUAUGGAUCGAUGCCUAUCUGCAAUUGAUUAGUCGUCGGCUCAUGGACGUCUCCAGCGAGGCCCUUGAGAAAUAUUGGCAACACGUGAAAGCCAACUGCAACCACGAGACACCCCCGAUUGGCUUCGACCAACGAUCUGUGCCAUUGGGCUUGUGGGGCGAUGACGCCCGGUUCAAUAAAAAAGGCGAAAAACUGGUCCUGUAUACAAUGAACUCGAUACUCCACGAACCCAAAUACCGGCAAAUGCACCGCUACCCGCUGUUUACGAUUCGCGAGCAUUCCGUCCCAAUUAUUACAGCGGGGAUGCUGCGAGAUGCAGAUGCAGGCGACCACGUCUGUUUAACACUGAAAGCGUGGAACAUCAGAGUGUUCCUUGCCUAUUUGGUCUUCAAGCAUCUGAACGAAGACAUGCAAAAAUGUCUGAUAUCAGCAAGAAGCUUUCAUGCCUUCGUCGACGAGGACUGUGUUCUCCAGUGGAAAAAACUAGCUCAGAAUAUGUCUUCGAAUGCGCUGGAAGAGAAGAUGCUUUUCCGUUACCUCUUGCCGUCUUUCGCUGAGUACUGGCCCCACCGGGCUGUGCAGAAGGAUGCUGAUCCGCCCCGUGUGCCUCUUCAUCUGCCGUGCCCUUCCCUCGCUGAAGGCCUCUUUAGGACUUUUCAAGCCAACGUGCAGCAGAUGGAACGUGAGCUCACGCGGACCAGGCAAAAGCAGGCGGCGGCUCGGCGGGUCGAACACCCGAUGCUGAUCUUCAGGGACUUGCGUGCUGCCCGGUCCCAACCGGUGGAGUCGAUUGUGGAUUCCUUGUCGGUCGAUGUUGCUGAGGUGCAGCCUGAGGAUGGUGCGGUUGUCUUAACUCGGCCGAUUCAGUGGAACCCUUCUGGCGGUUUCUACCUGAACCAAAGUCCCGUGGAGGUUCACCACGUGGAGCCGGACAUGUUGUGGGGAGCGUUCACCCCAGCUAAGCCCGGGGACAAGGUCACCCAGAUGCGGAUCGUGGCAGAUCUGCCUUCGCUGUUUCGUGCUUUUGGCCAGCAUUGGUCUCGUUUCUGGAUGCGGCAUGAAAGCAUUGAUGCUGCCCGUUGGGCCCAGCUCACGGAGGUGGAGCCUGCCACCGCGGUUCCUGCCUACACCUGUGUGCCAUUAACGGUCUGUGAUUGGUACGCGGAGGUUCGGGCGAAGCAUGCUCACACGGCCACGGGCCCGGAUGGAGUGUCACGCCAAGAUCUGAUGGCUCUCUCCCCCGCGCUGACGGAAGAGCUGGUUGCUCUCUGCCAUGGAGCCGAAGCUACGGGUCGGUGGCCGCGGCAACUCUUAAAUGCCACGGUGACGGCGGUGGAAAAAACGGAGGAGGCUGAGGCGGUGGGGCAUUUUCGUCCGAUCUGCGUUUUGCCCUUGCCCUACAGGGUGUGGUCGUCCCUGCGAGCACGUGCGGCCUUGAAACACCUUGCUGCGAUUGCCCCGGCAGACCUCCAUGGCAACCUGCCUGGGCGGACUGCAGGCGCAGUUUGGUUUCAGCUACAGCUGGAGCUUGAGGAAGCAGCGAUCUGGGAUGAGACGGUGGCAGGUGCGUUCCUGGACCUGUCUAAAGCCUUUAACACCUUGCCCCGGACGCCUGUGUUCGCCCUCGCGCUUCACUAUGGUAUCCCAGCCGAGGUGGUCAAAGCUUGGAGUGGGGCAGUCACCAUGUUGUCGCGGCGAUUCCGGAUUCGGGGUUCGGUGGGGCCGGCCCUUCCCAGCUUCACUGGAUUUCCUGAAGGGGAUGCCUUGUCUUGCGUGGCCAUGGCCCUUGUAGAUCUGGCAUUGCAUAGGCACCUCAACGGUCCGUCCACUCGCGGCCUGUUGGAGACCUUUGUUGAUGAUUGGCAGGUCAAAGCCAAUUCUGCAACGCGAGUUCUGGCCGCUGUGGCCCGGGUGGAAGCUUUUGCUCAAGCAUGGGAUCUUGCCCUUGACCCUGGCAAGAUGGUGUUGUGGGCCUCUUCUGCAGCGGAAAGGCGGCACUUCAGACAGCAGGGCCGGCAAGUGGUCCAUGCGGCACGCAACCUUGGAGGCCAUCAGGCGUUUACCCGGGCACGUACCAAUGACACAAUUAAGCAACGGCUGCUCACUCUUGACUUGUUGUGGCCGCGCCUGCGUAGCUCUUUGGCACCGCUCAACCAGAAGUUCCGUGCGUUGGUGGCCGCCGCCUGGCCGAAGGCCCUUCAUGGCAUCUCCAGUACUAACUUGGGCGCCACCAACUUUGAGCAGCUCAGGUCGGGAGCCAUUCGUGGCCUUGGCAUCGGCAGGCCUGGCAUGAACCCGGUGCUAGUGCUGAGCCUUGUGGAGUUUCCACUGUGUGACCCGGAGUUCUAUGCUCUGUGCGCCUCUUUCCGUGAUGUUCGGGCCUUUGCCGCUCCAGAGCGUUUCAGUGCACUGUUGGCCGAGCUUCUUGCCGGAGAUAGGCGUUGGGCCCCGGGCCCGGCCCAGGUUUUCUUGGAACGGUGUCAUGCUGUUGGCAUGGCUUGGUUGCCGGAGCAACAGUCUCUGGAAGACUCCAUUUCCGUCUUUGACCCGUGGGCUGUUUCUCCACAGGAACUCCAGCUGCGGUUGACGUUUGCUUGGCAGCGGCGAGUCUGCAGUGACCUUGAGGAUCGCCCUGGGUUUGCCGGCCUUUCUCAGGUGGACCCCCAGCUGACGAUGCACUGCGGCACUUUGGUGAUGGCGAGCCCGAGACGUCUGCAUGUAAGUACUGCGGCGCCCGUGACAGUGUUCGGCACCGUGUCUGGCACUGUCCUGCAUUUGCCGACCAAAGAGCCAGCCUGGAUCGUGGUGGCCUUCCUGAUGCGGGAGCUCUUCCUGAUGCUCAAUCGCUGCAUGCAUGGGCUCUGCGACCGAAUUUGCGUUGUGGCGUCUGACGUCCAUGAGCCGGUGCUCCAGCUGUUUACCGAUGGCAGCUGCCUUUUGCCUCGCAUUCCUCAGUUGCGGUUGGCUGCAUGGGCGGUCAUGCACGCUAGCCUUGACGGCCGGACACCGGUCCUUCUUGCUUCGGGACCGCUGCCAGGGUUGGUCCAAACUGCGUUCCGCGCUGAAGCCAUGGCUGUGCUUUCUGCGCUCACUUUUGCGGUGCAGCUGCAACAACCGGUCACAAUUUGGUGUGACUGCUCUGGUGUGGUGCGAAAGGUUGGAAGGAUGCUGCACGGAGACUUCAGCUGGAGGCCCUCGAUGGCCAAUGCCGACAUUUGGAAACGCAUCUUGGCACUGCUUGAUCGGGUGCCCUGUGGCACGCAAAUCUGCAAGGUCAUGGCGCAUGUGGAGGAGCAAGACACCUCCUCUGUCCUGGAGGAAUGGGCAUUGGCGGGGAAUAGUGCUGUUGACAAGGCGGCUGAGGCGGCCAAUCUGGCUCGGCCGGAGUGGUUUUGGGAGCUCUGGAAUGAGGUUCGUCGUGACUACGCCCUGCAGUCCAUGAGGGGAAAGAUGGUCCUGGAGAUGCACAGAGACAUCGCGCGGGCGGCGGUGCGACGCAGCCCG